CUUUUAACAGAUAAGUGACAAGACAAUUAGGACUAAAAUUCUUGUGCAGAAGUUGGGAAUAUCCUAGUGAGCUGCCCUUUAAUGAAAUUCAGCUGAUCAUCUUUGAAAAUGGCUGUUGCAAUUACUCUGCCUCUUGUGCCGUCUACUUGCCAUCGUCGAAAUCUGUCGUCUUCUUUUCAGUCUUGCAGCUCAAUGCUGUCAAUCCGUCUGUUUAAUGAUCCGCCCGUUCAUUCUACACAGUUUGUAGUGUUUUCAGUUCUUUCCUCUCCUUCACAAGUGGAACAGUCUGCUAAGUUUGUGGAAAAGUCUAGAAGAGGAAACUUGGUUCCAUUAUCGCAGUGCAUUUUCUCUGAUCAGUUGACACCCGUGCUUGCAUAUCGAUGUCUAGUAAACGAAAAUGAUCAUGAAGCCCCCAGCUUCUUGUUUGAGUCUGUAGAGCCAGGGUUACACACUGUUGGAAGGUAUAGUAUUGUUGGGGCUAAUCCAGCAAUGGAAAUCAUAGCCAAGGAGAAUUUAGUAACCGUGAUUAAUCAUCGUGAUGGGUGGAAGAGAGAGGAGUUUGUGGAAGAUCCGUUGUCAAUUCCUCGGAGAAUUACAGAGAAAUGGACUCCUCAGUGCAUUGAUGAGCUUCCUCAAGUGUUUUGUGGUGGAUGGGUUGGAUAUUUUUCUCAUGAUACGGUGCGUUAUGCAGAGAAAAGCCUCGCAUUUUCAAGUGCCCCAGCAGAUGACAGUAAUCUCCCUGAUGUACAUCUAGGUCUGUAUGAUGAUGUGCUUGUGUUUGAUCAUAUUGAAAAGAAAAUUCAUGCCAUUCACUGGGUUCAAUUGGAUCGAUUUUCAUCAGUAGAUGAGGCAUUGGACAAUGGAAUGGAAUGCUUGGAUUCCUUGUUGUCUAAGGUUCAUGAUAUAAUCAAUCCAAGACUAUCUUCUGGCUCAAUAGAACUAAAUACUCAGAGGCUCCAUCAUAAGUUAGAGGUUUCGCGUCUAACAACUGAAGCAUAUAAAACAGCCGUAAAAAAGGCAAAGGAGCAUAUUUUAGAUGGUGACAUACACCAAGUUGUUCUAAGUCAGCGGUUUGUAAGGAGAACUUUCUCAGAUCCAUUUGAUGUUUAUAGGGCAUUGAGUAUCGUGGAUCCAAGUCCUUUUAUGGCCUAUAUACAAGUUAGGGGGUGUAUCCUUGUUGCUUCAAGCCCUCACAUUCUCACCUAUGUUGGUAAAAAGGGAAAGUUUACUAAUCCAACUCUUUCUACGACUGAGAGAAAAUAUGAGAAAUUUAAGGAGGAUACUCUGUUAGGAAAGCAGCAUAUCAAUGGCUGUAAACAUCAUGUAGAGGACAUCAGGCAAGCUGACUUGGGAAACAACUAUGUCAAAAAGGCUACUGAUGUGUAUUCGACUUGCUGGGAUGCUCUCCGGGGUGCCCUGCCUUCAGAUGCUUUCAUUGGAGAGCCAAAGAUUGAAGCAAUUAAACUGUUAGAUAAGCUUGAACUGAAAAGGCGAGGCCCAUAUGGUGGAAGUUUCGGCUGCAUUUCAUUCUCUAAGGACAUGGACGUCACCCUAGCUUCAAAAACCAUAGUGUUUCCGACUGGUAAAGCCUCUGAAAAUUUGUAUCAUUCCAAAAAUUUGCAGAAACGGCGAGAAUGGGUUGCUCAUAUCCAAGCUGGAACUAACAUCAUGGGAGACAGCGAUCCUGCAGACAAGCAGAGACAAUGUGAGCAAGAAGCUGCAGCACUCUCUCGAGCCAUUGAUCUUGCUGAGUCGUCGUUUCUUCAGUAAGACUAUAAGUUAUCUACCUGUGUUAUUAUUGUAUCACAUAGAUAACUUCUUACCUUCUUUUACUAACUAGGAUAUGAUUUAUAUAUUUGUGCUGCUGAUGAAGUACAAAAGGUGACAUCAAGAAGAAGAAUUCAUUGUAUUAUACUUUUAUGAAACACUUGAAAGUGACAUUCGAUUAUUUUUAUAGUGAUCUUUAACUAAAGUUUUCUCAUGAUGCUGUUAAUGUUUCUUUAUUUGUUUUGGUGCAACAAAACUUGAUUUUUGUCUCCUUUUUAAAAACAGCUAAUACAAUGUCUAUCACUAGCAUUAGCAGUAAAUAGUACUCCGUAAUAAGCUAAUCACUAAAAAAAAAGCUAUAUAAGCUAAAAUCCCAUAAGGUUUUGUAUUUUUUUUGCCUUUGGCUUUUUUUAACUUUUGGAACUAUCUACAUGGACCACAUUUACAUGUCCUUAGAUACCAUUAAUGUCUAAUAUUACAUCUCCACACACUUAAAAUAUGACUCGAGAAACUCUAAAUUUAUGAUUAGCGAAUAACAGUCUCAAUAACUCGAGGAAUAAUUAGUCAGUUUUCUCAAACAGCCCCAAAAAUAAAUACGGAGUAAUUCACCGAUCUCACACUUUACGUUACGUAUAUAGACAAGCCUCCAGCUGCCGUAUGAUUAUUUAUUAAUGAAUUGAUUAUCUUUAAAAAAAAAAUAAAAAUAAAAAAUAUAUAGACAAGCCUCCACGUGAAUCAAGUACUAUAAUAAAUCCAAAAGUUUCAAAACAGUGUAUUGUUCUUCCUCUUCUCCAUUAUUGCAGAAUUGCAGCAAUGUC